AUGAAUAAUUUUAAUGGAUUUUAGGUAAGUGAAUAGACUUUUUCGUUUGAUUUGAAUACUAUAUUUCCAUUUAGUAAUUUUAAAAACAGGAAUGAUCAAAUAAAUAGAAAUUCCUAUUCUAAUCGAAGACAAGUGGAUAUUUUUAAUAGUAUGUCAAAUUUUAGGUAAAUAUAUAUUGACUUCCUGAAAUGGUAAUGUAAUAUUUAUUUCAAAAAUAAAUAUAAAUAAAUUAUUAAAACCCUUUUAAAAAUGAACCAACUUGAAAGAUUAUUACAUUAAUAAGGAAAAAAAGUGAAAUUACAAGAAUAAGAGCUGGAUGAUGUGAAUAGAAGGCAUUAAGAAUUGCAGACCAAAUUAACUUAGGAGGAAGAUAAAAAUAAAAUAUUAUAAGGCAAUAUCGACAAAUUAUCAUUGAUUGAGUAUGAAUUGAGAAGACAACUACAAUUUGUUGAAGCACAAAGAGAUAAUCUAUUGGAGCAACUAAAAUCCCUACAUGAAUAUAAUUUCUCGAUGUUCAAUCUAUAAGAAAACCAUGUGUGUAACAAAUUUAGAACAGUUUAAGAGCUAGCACUCACACGAAAUGAAUUAUAAAAAUAAUAAUAACAAUUACUAAUUUUGCAAACCGAAAAUGCUGGAUUAAUAAGCAAAGUUAAAGAGCUAAUGUCCACCAAUACCUCCUUAAACGAAAAACUACAAAAAUACCCACAAUAAUUUGAAAAUCUAAGAGAAAAGUACAUAAAACUUUUGACAGAGAGAGAUCUUCAGAUAUAAUCACUUAGUGAGAUAAUAGAAAGGCUGAAAAUAUAGAGAUAAGUAAAGGAAGAAAAGUGUGAGAAAAUAGAGUUUGAGGAAUCCGACUUAACAGAAGAUACCAAUUCAAACCAAGAUGCUAUUUUAGAGUAAUAAACCUUUAAGGAUAAUCUUGAAAUCAUUAAAAUUAUGAAAAAAUCUGAUGAGGAAAAGCAAAGAGCCAUCCUCUAACUCACUGAAUAAGUUUCACAAUUAUAAGCUGAGAAUUCAAAAUAGCGAUUACUCUUAACAACCGAAUAGGUAAUACAACUCUAUCCUUAAGAUAUCCAAUUAUAAAUUCGUCGCCUUUAACAAUUAAGAGCAUAUAUAUCCUAAUUUACUACAAAAAUUGCUAAUUUACAAAUGAAAUAUUAAGAAAUCAAUGAGUUAAAAAAACGCAAUUUAGAAUUAGAAGAGAGAUGCAAAAUUUAACAGGAAGAAAUAAAUCAAUUUGCAAAUAAAAAGAAAAAAUUAGAAGAAAUUUAGGAAUAAUUUGCAAUUGUAUUAAAAGAGAAUUGGAAGUUGAAAGGGAGAAAUUAAUAGAAAUAACACAAGAUGAAAUAACUGUUACCAAACAUUCUUUAGAAUUUAUCUACCGAGCUGUGUUUUGAAGAAUAUCCCUUUGAAAGUUUGGAAGAGCUGUUGAAAUGCUAUGAAAAACUUCGAAACUAAUUGAGGAGUUAGUCAGAAUAGAGACAUAAAAGCCAACUUUGA